AUGAGCCGCACUUUAGAACCAACCCUCCUUUCUCUACUACCUACCUACUCCAAAGACUUACCUCAACCUCUCCUGGAGCUCGCGUCUUCCUUGCUUACGCAGUCCCGUCACAGUGCUGGUACGCUUAAGGCCGAAGAAGAAGUAGCUCGGACCUAUGCAUGUGCUCAUAUUGCUUGCGAACGCCUGAAGAUAACUCUCGACCUUCCACCGAUCCAACCCAGACCUCCCGUGCCACCUCGAAUAUACAAGAGACUAUAUGCCCAUCUUGACAAUGUUUUACCUGCAAAUGCUGGGGGAAGGUUAGGACGGGUGCGGACCCCGAGCUCAAAGCUACGCGAGUCGGGAACAUUAGGCAGCACUCAACGAAUUCCUUCUCGAGGUACACCUACUAAGGAGGAAUCGUUAGCAAAGUUUCGGUCUCCCGCUGCAGUCAAGGUUGAUAGCACUCCAUCGAAGUCUACAAGUAAGCCGCCACCGCUACCUGCCAAGAGAAAAGCAGGAGGCAGUAUGAGUGCACUGCCGGCUUGGGUUCGACCCACUAUUCAGUUUAUGUGUAAAGAGCUGGACGAAGAACGUAUCGGACGAGUCGUCCUCGCCGGUAUCCAGACGAUCGCCACACCACAUGGGAAGCGAACUAAGGAUGAAUGGGUUAAUGAACACUUAACACCGUUACUCGCGGCCGUGUACUUUCUUGUUUCGUCACAAAUAUAUGUACUAGAGCAGGGAAAAGACUUAGACGAUCCACAAUACGCGCGGAUGAGAAAAUCGAUCCUUAAUGUUAUGGGACGAGCACAGGAGAACAUUCAUGUGACAGGAAUGGAUGAGGACGAGCUCUGGAUCGGCUGGAUAGAUAUCAAGUCAAGAGAUGUAGACGGUGCCGUUGCCAAGGUGGUUGAGAGUAGCUGGCAGGAAGAAGAGUGGUUCGCUGGUAUUAAACACAUGGUUAAAACAAAAACUACCAGUGUUGAUGACGAAGACGCGGAAAUGGAGGAUGGCGACGAAGAACAAUUUAGCGAAAGGCUUCAUAUCCAGAGGGGCGAUACUAUGCUUCAGAGCAAGUGGGAUAUGACCGAUAAGAAGCGAGAGGAAUACCGCGCGUGGAGAGAGGAAAUGAUGUGCCGAAUCGAAGAGUUCGAAAACUCUCAAACAUCCAAGACGGAUAUUCAUGCUUUCGCAUAA